CGCCCGGUGCGUAGCUGGCGGCCGCGGCGGCAUGUCGGGGUACACGCCGGAUGAGAAGCUGCGGCUGCAGCAGCUGCGCGAGCUGAGGCGGCGAUGGCUGAAGGACCAGGAGCUGAGCCCCCGGGAGCCCGUGCUGCCGCCGCGCAGGAAGUGGCCCCUGGAGGCGUUCUGGAGUCCCUUUGGGCGGGACGGGGCCGGGUGGAAGAAGUCGAUCUUUAAGGUAUUCCGGACCAGUAUCUUUGCUGUUACUAACGUACUUAUACCUCUGUGGUUUGUUCAUUAUUACGUCAAAUAUCACGUGGCUACAAAACCAUAUGCCAUCGUUGAGAAGAAGGCCAGAAUAUUCCCAGGUGAUACAAUUCUGGAGACUGGAGAAGUAAUUCCACCAAUGAAAGAUUUUCCUGAUCAACAUCAUUAAAGAUUACUUAAAAACUUCAGCAUUCUGUAACUCCCCAAGUUUAUACAUCUAAUGCUAUAUUUACUGAGCCUACUUCGUGGACAAGUAGCUAAUAAAGUUUGUUCAAAUUGGUGUUACCUUC